ACUGACCUUUAGCACUUCGUUACUCUUCUUAAUGAUGUAGACUGUUGUACACAUAUGUUUUAUUAAGCAUUAAUGAUCAAAUAGGGGUCGUUUAAGUGACCCAGUUUUCGAUGCUGGUUUGCGUGCUUUUGCUCGCCAUCGCAUCGUAUGUUAUAUGCAUCCAUUAUAACAAUGGACUAAGGUCCAAUGGAUGCGGUAUAGGGCCUCCUGCAGCGUUUUUGAGCUCAAUUCGUACACCUCGUAGGUGUGACGAGUAUGAGUUAUAUUACAAUGGAGAGCCUUCUUCUUUUGUUUUAGGCACUUCUAAACGCCAACAAAAGUUAUGCGCUUACGUAGAAGACCUUUCGGCAAUGGAAGUUCCGUUAAAUCGUUACAGAAAUAUAGGCAUCAUUGCGCAUAUUGAUGCUGGUAAAACAACCACUACGGAACGUGUUCUUUACCUUACUGGUGUCAGUUUUAAGAUUGGGGAGGUACACGAUGGUGAAGCCAUUAUGGACUACAUGCCUCAGGAGCGUGAGAGAGGUAUUACUAUCACUGCCGCAGCAACCACGUGUUUUUGGAAAGGUGGAUAUAGAAAGUUUCCACAACAUCGCAUCAACAUCAUAGAUACGCCUGGUCAUGUUGAUUUUACUGUUGAGGUAGAACGUUCCUUACGAGUAUUAGACGGCGCUGCUGCUGUGUUUGAUGGCGUGGCUGGUGUCGAACCACAAUCUGAGACUGUCUGGCGCCAGGCAAGUAAAUAUGGAAUCCCGCGUAUUGCCUACGUAAACAAGAUGGAUCGUGCGGGUGCUAGUUUUGAAAAAUGUAUAGAAGAAAUGGAGCUGAAGCUUGGUGUGACUCCGGUUCCAGUAUUCAUUCCAAUUGGCUCUUCGAACACGUUUCAGGGAGUCAUUGACGUAAUAAGACAGAAAGCAUAUUACUUUGACACAGAAAAGGAUAGUUUCGAUUAUACCGAGAAUGUAGUCCCUGAAGAAAUGCACGACGUUCUUCAUCAUUAUCGCACUCAUUUAUUAGAUAACGCCGCUCAGGCAUCUGAGGAGUUACUGGAGCAAUACAUUGCAAACGGCAAUCUUACAGAAGAUCAGAUUCGUGAUGGUUUACGUAUAAUGACCUUGGCUAACCGUAUAGCUCCAGUUAGCGCAGGCAGUUCUUUGAAGAACAAGAACAUACAUGGUUUCCUUGAUAUGAUAGUUGACUACCUUCCUUCACCUUGUGAAGUAAAUAAGAUUUGCGUUCAUGAGAGCAAAAGCUCUUCUGAUCCACAUGAUGGUGAUACGACUUCAGUUUCAGAUACUAAUAAUCCCGUUAGUAAUGUUGUCGAAAGGGAGUUGACUUUUGACACAAACGAUUUUACUUUACCAUUAGCGGGUUUGGUUUUCAAGAUAUCACAUGACGCUCAAAUUGGUACUCAAGCUUACGUUCGCAUCUACAGAGGUCAAGUCAGUGUAGGAGAUGUGGUAUACAACCCACGUACUAAAAAAUCAAACAAGGUUCAAAAGCUACUAUUUAUCCAUUCAAAUGAGCGCAAGCACUUGAAGACUGCUCAUGCUGGUGACAUUGUUUCUUUAGUUGGUGUAAAGGAUGUGAUAACUGGUGACACUUUAUGCAAGGAAGAGGACGAAGUAUCUCUUGAAUCUAUGCAAUUCCCUGAACCUGUGAUUAGUUUAAAGGUUGAGCCUACUGAUAGCAAUGAUUUGGAGCGUAUGUGUGAUGUUUUCCGUAAGUUUAUGACAGAGGAUCCAGCGUUCCGUAUGUACAUGAAACCUGAAACCCAAGAAACCAUCAUUAGUGGCAUGGGUGAGCUACACUUGGACAUUAUGGUAGAUCGGAUGCGACGGGAGUACGGCCUCUCGGUGAAGACGGGUUCACCUCAGGUUGAAUUCAAGGAGACAUUUUUAAAACCUGUUCAUGCAGAAGGUCGUUAUGUACGACAAUCUGGAGGUCGUGGUCAGUAUGGUCAUGUGAAGAUCUACAUAGAGCCAUUGGAGCAAGGUAGUGGGAUCGUAUUUAAGAACAGCAUCACUUGUGGUGCGAUUCCUCAAGAAUUUAUUCCUGCAGUAGAGAAAGGUGCUCGUCAACAGUUUGAAGAAGGUUUGUUAGCUCACUAUCCUGUUACUGAUGUGCGUGUGACGUUGCUUGAUGGAACAUUUCACAUUGUCGAUAGUUCUGAAUUUGCUUUCCUCACUGCAACUACUAUGGCUAUUCGUGACGGUGCCCGUGAAGCUGGCAUCAGACUUUUGGAGCCUAUAAUGAAGGUUAAUGUAGUAUGCCCACUUGCGAACUACAACGUUGUGCGUGGUGAUUUGUUACGUCGACGUGGUCAGGUACAGACGAUUCGUGAUGGAUACGGUGGCGUAAAAGAAAUUUCUGCUACCGUACCUCUUCAGGAAAUGAAAGGAUAUAUCACUGAACUUCGUUCAAUGAGUCAGGGGCGUGGUUUUUACACGAUGGAAAUGUCCCACUAUCACCCCGUUCCUGCGUUGGUACAAGAGAAGAUUGUGAGUUCGAAUCUGAAGCCACAGUCGUGAAUAUACACAG